AUGGCAGAGGGCAAGACCGGAGGCGCUGGGUUGUUUGCGAAGCGGGUCCAAAAGCAAUUCAGCCGAGCCCAAGAGAAGGUACCGUGACAGAGAGGUUUCUUUUACUUUAGUAAUGCUAUGGGAUGGCCUGCAUAGAUGGCCUGUUCUUUCACUUCUCCAAAAAUGUAUCUCAGAAAGCAGAGAUUAGACAAAAUUGGGAGGAGGGGAAGGGGGGUUCCCUGCCUCUUGCCCGGAUUGUUCCAGUACAGUUUUGAAUGUCAUACAUCAGGGUGGGGUACCUGUGUGGCCAUUCAGCUGUUGCCAGACUCCAACUCCCAUCAUUCCAGAUCACUGGCCAAGCUGGCUGCGAGUUGUGUUUCAGAUAUUGUUGGGCUCCCUACAAUGUUCUCCACUCCUGCCUUAUAUGUUUGUCUGUGUUGCAAUAAGGUACGCAAAACUGUUUUAAUGUAAACUAGGUGUCCCUUCACACACACACAUACUUUAUUUUUAUUUUUUUUAAAUGAUAUUUAUUCCAAGUUUAAAAUUGCAAAAAGAAAAAAAAAACAGUACAAAAUACAAAGAAAAAUUUAACCAUAACAGAGCAAAAAGUAACAAGAAAAAAGAGAACAAUAAAAUAGAAUAAAAAAAGCAAAACAAAAGAUAUAAAAAUGCAUUGAAUUAAAAUAGAACAAAAACAGAUUAAACCUUUACAUAACUUUUCCCUUUACUUAUUUCCUUGACCUCCUCUCACCUCCCAAUUUUGUAUUCUAGUUCAGAUCGUUUUUUCAGCAAAUCCUUCCAACCUUAUUUUCAUUCACGUGUUUUAAUUUAAAAUAUUAUAAUUAAACAUCCUCUGUUUCAUCAAUUUCAUCAGCUCAUUUUUGCUUAAUCCUUUAUAUCAUAUCUACCAAAACUGCCUAAUUUUCUUUUUCCAACAUCUUUCUAACAGUCUUUAAUAUUACAAUAUUUUUGAAGAUAUAUUUUAAAUUUUUUCCAAUCUUCUUCCACCGACCCUUUUCCCUGGUCUCGGAUUCUGCCAGUCAUCUCAGCCAAUUCCAUAUAGUCCAUCACUUUCGUCUGCCAUUCUUCUCGGGUGGGUAAUUCUUGUGUCUUCCCACACACACACAUACUUUAACCCCGAGGUCGGCAAGGUUUACCUCGCCUGAGCCAGUUCACUCCAGUGGAGAUCCCUCCGUGGGCCGCAAUUUCCGGCGCCUGCACAGACACGAUUUCCAGCGCCGUGGAAGCGAGUCCCCAUGCUGCGCUGCGCCACUUUAGCGCAGCACGCAGGGACUCACUGAGCAGGCGGCUCGGUUCAGGGGUGGCUCGGGGGCCGGUUAAACAACCCCAUGGGCCAAUGUUGUCUUAGGUUGCCAACCGCUGCUUUAACCAGUCUUUUGUCCCCUCUGUCGAAAGGAUAUAAACAGUGCUUUUUUAUUAAAAAAUAGUGUUUUGGGAUACUCUCAUUUCCCUACUCAUAUUGAAAUACUGCCCUUCAAUUUAGAUUCACAAAGUGUUUAGGGGUAUGCGUACCCCCUGCGUCCCCCCAGAAAAAAAGCACUGGAUAUAAAUAUCUGAUAAAGAUGGGUUUUUCCUCCAGUCAUUCAUUGUACGAAUAACUGUAUGAAAUGGUGAGUCCAAUGUAAUGGUUUGUCAUUUUGCUUGAACCACCAUGCCUAUGUUAUAUAGUCACCGUUACAAACAUUAGACUCUUUUGUAUAGUUAUAGCUGAGCAGUUGUUGCCUCAAUUCUGUGAGAAGGGACAGAAUUCUGUCGUGUGUUGGCUCGCCGUAAGUCAGGAUAAUUCCUAAUAUUUUCGGGUGUAAAAAUGGUGUCAUGGGGGAAUUUUGCUGAAUGUCCCAGAUGCGUGGCAAUGCAAUGGAAAAAGCAGGGGAAACAGCUGCAUUUUGCAUUUCCUAAAUAAAUAAAAAGUUCAACUAUUUGGGGGGAUUUUACUUUUUGAAAUAUGGCAACCCUAGUCGUGUGCCCAAGGUAUGAGGCAGGUCAAGUGUUUGCUCAUUGGCACAAACACUGGACAGGGAGAAAUCUUAGGGGAGGGGUGUUGAGUCACUUACAGAAAGUCAUAUUUUCAAAGAAAGAACCUUUGUUUUGUGCUAAGCAUGGCUCUCUAACUUUUCAAAGGCCUCAAAACAUGUGACACAUAAUGUUGGGGCUCCCCUCCUAUACACCCCUGGUUCAAUUUUAUCUGACACCUGCCAGCCAUGCCAAAUUUCAUCAAGCACAGUAAAGUGUUCUACUCAGAAGGACAUUUCUUACGUAGGACAUUUUCUACAUAGCUCUCUCCUUUGUCUGCUUCCUCACCUAACUUGCCUUCUGCCGGUGGUGUCUAGGAGACGGUGGCUGAGUAGUCAGAACAGCCAUUAUUCGGUUUAAAUGACCCGGUCAUGUCAUUACUAAGGUUUAACCUGAAUGCAAGAGACAUGAGAUUACCCGAAAGAUUAAAUUUAGAUCCUGAAUCUCAAAUACCAAACUGAACCUAAAAACUCAUCCCCCAAGUGUGGAUCCUUAUUAGGAAUGGGGUAGAAAAAUCGGUUUGGUUUGGAUUUUAGUGCGAGUGUACCUAAUUCUCACUUUCCAGAACAAUUUGCAGACUGAAACACAGCCGCUCUUCAAAGUUCGCAGUUCUCCAGCUUUUGUGAUGCUGUUCUCCAACCAAAUAAUGCAUAUUACCAAAAUGUGUGCAUAUAGAAUGCAUUAUAUUAGGGGACGUUGCUUUCAAAAAUGUGUCUAUCAUGCUAAAAUGCACAUAUGGGGGGGAUUUCACUAACUGCACAAACUAAUGCAGAAAUGCAGAGAAUUCAAUUUGAGACUGGAACAAGAAAAACGGAGAGGAACCAAAAUACACAGAUUUUCCCACCCCGGGUCAUAAUGUAGGCAAGGCGGCACCAUCUCUGCACAGGAGGCGGCAGGAGGCUCAGGUUUGCAGAAGUACAAAUGUUCUGGAAAAACCCUCAAGGGGAAGGGCAAACCCUCAAAACAGCCCAAUGAAAACUGAGUAUGUUCAGUAAGCACAGAAUGCUGGCUGACUGUUGAGAAGGAGCAAUCAAAACUGGGCAGGCUUGGAAGGGAGUUACCUGGGAGCCCAAGCUCAAGACAGGAGUACUCUCUGCACUGCAGCAUUUUAUUGCAGGUCUCCCUUGCAGGAUGCACUACGGGUGAACUGGUGUAAUAUGGAACAGGGUUCACAAUUAAUUCUCAAGCUAUGCUCCAGACUUGGAAAUUUAAGUGACAGGCAUGCACAUCAUAGCUGGCUUAGCUGCACCUCGCCCUCCCCCUGGGAGGCUUCACACUGACUGACUGCCUUUUAAAUAUUAUUUUUAGAAGUGCAGCGUUGAACAUUCGUGUUUUUCUCCAUGUAUUAGUCAUGUGCCAGACCAGUGGAGUUCCCUAGAGCCCUGUCCUCUCGUCUGUUUACCUACUGCCACUUAAUGGAUCCAAGAGGAAAUGCUGUGCUAGGGUUCAACCAGAAAUAGAACCGGGGUGAUGGCCUUGCCUCCCCAUCAUCCCUGUCAUUGCACUAUUUUAAAAAGGGGGGUUCCUUUCAAAAAUGAACAAGAUGAUUUGGCCAUUUGGCAUUUGAUCUUAAUGCGCUGCCAUCCUGAGAGAAGACAAGUUAUGGCUAAAUUAUGGGGGAACUGGCCUUUCCCUCUUCCUGGGUCACCCUGGGAAGCUCCACGAGGGGAGCUAAGAACAAAAUUACAGUCAGAAGAGAUCUAAGAGGUCAUUCAGCCCCCUGCUCAGUGCAGGAUAUGCAAUGCAAUAUGCAACUACUGUGCCACAUCCCUAACAGAUGGCCACCCAACCUUAGCAUAAUCAUCUCCAGCAAAGAGUGGAGGGCCCGCCACCUCCAGUGGCAAUCUGUUCCACUGUAUAAUGGCUCAUAUCAUUAGGAGGUUUCUCCUGAAGUUUCUCUCCCUCGUACCUACGGGACCGCCUCUCCUGGUAUGCCCCACGGAGAGCCUCAAGGUCCAUAAAUAGCAACACCCUAGAGGUCCCGGGUCCUAAGGAAAUUAGAUUAGCUUCAACCAGAGCCAGGGCCUUUUCAACACUGGCUCCGGCCUGGUGGAACGCUCUGCCUCAUGAGACCAGGGCCCUGCAGGAUCUGAUUUCUUUCCGCAGGGCCUGUAAGACAGAGUUGUUCCGCCUGGCCUUUUGCUUGGAGCCAGUUUGAUUCCCUCCCCCUCUUUCUUUUUUCUUUCUCCUCCUGUGAUGAGGCUGCAUUCUAAUAUUUUAAUGUUUCUAUAUCUUAAUGUUGUAUUUUAAUCUUGUUUUUAAGUUGUAUUCAUUCAACUUGUUUUUAUUAUUGCUUGUUAGCCGCCCGCCUUGGCUGGGGAAGGCAGGGUAUAAAUAAAAAUUAUUAUUAUUAUUAAGUUAAAGCCUCACCAAAGCUACUGUAGAAUCCUUUGCAGGAAGCCACAAAGAGUCAAGUGCCCAAACGGCGUAGCCUGCAAGUGCAACAAAGUUUGCUACUUGGACUGGGAAACAAAUAACCGUGGAUCUCAUAACCGUUGGCAGACAUUUUAUUGGCUGCCUGUGGGAUUUGUUGCUUUCUCAGCCGGUGUGAUUCUAGCACUGUUCUACACCUACAGAGUUGUGGGAAACAGCAGAUAAGCUACUUGUUUUGUUCUCAGCCACAAAACCAGGUGACAGUUCUGUUAGCGUGCUAAAAAGUAUUCUGUGCCCUACCGAGCAUUUGCAGAUUAGGCUUGUCAGGUUGCAACCCAGAGACCCACGCUGUCAUUGCAAUUUCCGCUAAAGCAUAUGCAGCAGCUUCUGAAUUCUAUCCCUGGUACUUCUGAGCAUGCCUUACUUCUGCUGCUAUGAGACAUACCUGGAACUCCACUUGGGAAGGCUGGUGGGAAAGAGGCAGGAUGGAGGAGCCAACUUGGACCGCAGACUGUGGGUGCCCUGCAUGCGCACUCCGUGCCACACCAUCAUGACGACACAGCAAGGGGUGUGUAUGUUCCCAUGCUGCUGUGCCACCAAGGCCUGCACUUCUGCCACCGGGCCUCUGUUGGGGCCUGCUGUGGCCACAAACACAACAGGAAACCUCAUGACUUGUGAGCAUGCAGAAACACAUGUCCGGCCACUGCUGGAAACAGAAUUCUAUACCUGUUGUGUUGUUGUUUAGUCGUUUAGUCGCACCAGCCUAACCCCCUGGACCAGAGCACGCCAGGCCCUCUUGUCUUCCACUGCCUCCCGCAGUUUGGUUAGACUCAUGUUUGUAGCUUCAAGAACACUGUCCAACCAUCUCGUCCUCUGUCAUCCCCUUCUCCUUGUGCCCUCAAUCUUUCCCGACAUACCUAAUGGGACCUUUUUCAGCUCCAGAAAGUCAGUUCCUGUGUUCUUUUGUGGCUAACCUGCUAUAUCUAUAUACCUGCCAAGUCCAAAGAGGACCAUAGUGAACUGACCUAGACCCUGUGAUCAUUAUCUGAGACCCUUCCUCACGCACCCUCUCCACCAGAGAACCGGAAGGUGGCAACAUGAGAAUGGGCCAUUUCAGUGGUGUCUCCCCAUUAGUGGAAUGUUCUCUCCAUGGAGGCUUGCCUGGUGCCAUUAUUACAUAUCUUCAGGAGCCAGGCAAAAACAUUCCUUUUUAACCAGGCAUUUGGCUUUUAAUUAUGGCCUUUUAGAGUGGGUGGGGAGUUUUAAUGUGCCCCCCCCCCCAUUUUUAGUAAGUCAUUUUGAGUUGCCAUGCCAAAAAGAAGGCUAAUAAUAAUAAUAAUAAUAAAUACAUUUUGUGUGGGUGGGGCUAAACUGGUUUGUUUCCUUCAACCCUCCCAGUAACCAGUCUGUUGGUCCUGAUAAAUGCUGAAGGAAAUCCUCCUAGGAAGAUGUGUGCAUGUGUGUGUUUUUGUUUGGUUUCUGUGUAAUCAGAAGUGAAAAUACCAGAUGGAAGCAGGGAGGAGAAGGAAACCACAAAAAAGGGGAUGUUUCUGAAGGCAGCGAGUGUCACAUUCUAGCCCUGGGUGCCUGGAGAGGCUGUUGUUGACAUGGUGGGAGAAAGCACGUUCCUUCUUUGAUAUAGUAACUUUAACUGAUGACAGAGUCAGGCCCACCCCACCCCCAGCAACAUUCACUCCUGCAAAAAGGAAGUGCUAGCUAAGCCAACAAGAUCAUUGUGGGGUUGUUACAGCUUGCACAAUUAUUUUAAGUUGGGAGAUUCGUAGGAACAUCAUCUCAGUACAGUCAGGGGAGCAGAACUGGGUGUGCAAAAAUUAGCUUCCUUUCCUCACACACAUACACUUCACAAGUCCCCAGUUAGCUGCAGGAAUGGGGACAUUCUGCUUGUUGCCUGGUCUCCGAACACAGCUUGUCUCUGGAAAUGCACAGCUAUACAAUCUUUUGUAUUACACCAACUGCAGACCCAAGAGCAGAAGACGAGCCUGAUGGAGCAAGCCAGUCCGGCAUCCUGUUCUCACUGUGACUGACCAGAUGCCUUUGAGAAACCCACAAGCACAACCCGAGCACAAUAGCACUGCCCAUACGUCUGUCUUCAGAAGCACACUGCGUCUGACUGUAACCGUAGCGUAACCCUGGCUAGUAACCACUGACAGCCUUAUGAAAAUCCACGCACUCUCCCAGGCGAUCUCUCUCAGAGGUUUCCUGCAGGCAUAGGAGACACAAUUGAACCCUGCAGGUCCCCAUAGACCAGGGGUCAGCAAACUUUUUCAGCAGGGGGCCAGUCCACUGUCCCUCAAACCUUGGGGGGGGGGGCAGACUAUAUUUUGAAAAAAAAUAUGAAUGAAUUCCUAUGCCCCACAAAUAACCCAGAGGUGCAAUUAAAAUAAAAGGACACAUUCUACUCAUGUAAAAACAUCCUGAUUCCUGGACCAUCUGCGGGCCGGAUUUAGAAGGCAAUUGGGCCGGAUCCGGCCCCUGGGCCUUAGUUUGCCUACCCAUGCCAUAGACCACGGGUCAGCAAACUAAGGCCCGCGGGCCGGAUCCGGCCCUAUUGCCUUCUCAAUCCGGUUCGCGGACGGUCUGGGAAUCGCUGAAUGGAUCUCCACCAUGUGGAUCACCAGCGUGCACAUUCUCUCCCUCACAUGGCAGCGCCGGUGCCUCCUCCCUCCCUCCUCCUGGCUUCUCCCUGCCCUGCCUAGAGGAGGAAGGGGGCUGGGCUUUGUUUGCUGCCAGCCCCUCUCUGGAGCCCUUUCACACGCUGCUCAUCGUCCCUCGUUCAGUUUUUUCUUCAAAAUAUAGUCCAGCCCCCCCACAAGAUCUGAGGGACAGUGGACCGGCCCCCUGCUGAAAAAGUUUGAGGACCCCUGCCAUAGACCAAAGGGAUGAGCACAAGCGCCAUCUUCUGAGGCCUCACUGCAACUUGAAAACUUGAGCCAUUGCAAAACAACCCCCAUCAUAGCAAGGACGCCCAGGAGGAUACUACACUAGUGGCCAAAAUUGUGGAAACCUUUUGGAAAAAGUGUAUUUCUGAGGUUUGAUGGCUCAUAACACCUGAUUGGCUCUCUAAACACUCAUGCUCAUUGGUUACAUUCAAAUGAAGGCAAGCUCGGCAUAUCAACCUAAGCAAGUUGCGCUUCCUUUUUCUGGUUAUUUGGCUAUAACUUUUGACAGAAUACAGAUAAUUGAACAAACUUUGUUGCAUUACAUUCUCCAUUAACUUAUCUUUCAUAGAUAGGUGUAUUUUCUGGUAUUACUCCAAAUAAAGGUGGUGGUAAAGGUAAAGGUAAAGGUAAAGGUACCCCUGCCCGUACGGGCCAGUCGUGUCCAACUCUAGGAUUGUGCGCCCAUCUCACUUAAGAGGCCGGGGACCAGCGCUGUCCGGAGACACUUCCGGGUCACGUGGCCAGCGUGACAAAGCUGCAUCUGGCGAGCCAGCGCAGCGCACGGAAACGCCGUUUACCUUCCCACCAGUAAGCGGUCCCUAUUUAUCUACUUGCACCCGGGGGUGCUUUCGAACUGCUAGGUUGGCAGGCACUGGGACUGAAAGACGGGAGCGCACCCCGCCGCGGGGAUUCGAACUGCCGACCUUUCGAUCGGCAAGUUCUAGGCACUGAGGCUUUUACCCACUGUGCCACCCGCGUCCCAAGGUGGUGUUAUGAGCCAUCAAACCUCAGAAAUACACUUUUUCCAAAAGGUUUCCACAAUUUUGGCCACUAGUGUAUGGUCGAAGGUAUUAAAAGUUGCUGAGAAGGUGAAGGUCUGCUUCCAGGCAACAGCUCCGCCAAAGAACAUUUGUCCUGCAGUGCUUGAAGAAGAAGAAGAGGGGGAGGAGGAGGAGUUUGGAUUUGAUAUCCCGCUUUAUCACUACCCUAAGGAGUCUCAAAGCAGCUAACAUUCUCCUUUCCCUUCCUCCCCCACAACAAACACUCUGUGAGGUGAGUGGGGCUGAGAGACUUCAGAGAAGUGUGACUGGCCCAAGGUCACCCAGCAGCUGCAUGUGGAGGAGCGGGGAAGCGAACCCGGUUCCCCAGAUUACAAGUCUACCACUCUUAACCACUACACCACACUGGCUCUUGGUGCUUCAUAAGGUCCCUCAAGAAAGUGGUAUGCAGGAAAAUGGGUUGCUGAUGGGCACAUUUGCAAAAUAAUCAUGGCCACCAUACACAUGACCUGCGGCCUAUUCUAUUGGUUACAGUGGUGUUUUUUUCAGAUUUAAUUCCAGCAGUGGGAGGGACUGACCCUCCAGGUGCUGGGGACAGCCUCUGGGGAUACAGGUGAGCUCACAGGUACCAUGUUGGCACCCCCUGAAGCAGGAAGAACAUGCAUAAAGCAGCCUCAGGUGACUGAUCCUUCUAAUUCAGUAGUGCUGAGAACCAACAAGCAGCAGCUCUGCAAGGUUUCAGGAAGGGGGGGUGGUCUUCCUCUACCUGAAACUGCCAGUGUUUGAAUCUGGGACCGUCUGUGUAGAAAGCAUGUGCCCCCCCUAGAAAAGUUUUGCACAGGUGUCUUUGUUUUGCAUGAUGUCACCAACACGGAUGGUCCCAGCAGUUGACGGCCUACCAUUUGGAACAAGCAAAUAUUAGCACAGCUCGCCCACCCUCGCUGAAAAUAAAGUGGUACCUCGGGUUACAUACGCUUCAGUUUACAGACUCCGCAAACCCAGAAAUAUUACCUCAGGUUAAGAACUUUGCUUCAGGAUGAGAACAGAAAUCGUGCAGCAGCGGCGCAGCAGCAGCAGGAGGCCCCAUUAGCUAAAGUGGUGCUUCAGGUUAAGAACAGUUUCAGGUUAAGAACAGACCUCUGGAACGAAUUAAGUACUUAACCCGAGGUACCGCUGUAGUUUCUUUUCAUUUUACCCAGACAGAAGCCUUACUGAGCAACACUCCUUGAUAUAACCCACAGGCUAGUUAUUUUAUUAAGCAUAUUUUUUAAAUCUUGCCAUUUAUUUUGCUUCAUGAGAUCAUAACCAUUUGGACAGAUGACUGACUGAAGAUCACCACUGUGGGAAACAGAACGUCCAUGGAGCAUUUAUUUAAAAAUCAGUCUUGCGCCUUAACUGCUCAAGUAAAGUUACAUGCUUUGCUCUGUAAUGCUGUACAAUCUUUCUUUAUUUCCCUGUCACUGUAGGUUUUGCAGAAACUGGGGAAAACGGUGGAAACGAAAGAUGAACAGUUUGAACAGGGCGCGUACAAUUUCCAACAGCAACAGGUUGUAUUGCACAUGAGGGUGUGAGCUGUUCCCUGCUUUCUGGAAACUUUGAGGGUAGUGGGGGAUGUAAUAUUUUUAGGAUUGUUCCAUAUUCUCCUAGCAUCUCUAGUGUACCUGAAUCUGGAGUUGAUCCGACCCAGGUUUUAUAGGCCCUCUGGUUAGGCAAACCAUGAAAGAUUCUGGCAAGCCUCAGUCUACAGACUUGUUUGGCCCUAAAUUUGCUCUAAUAAAGCAACUUCUCCGCAUUCCCGUGGGUUCCUGGGUGGCCACUACUCCGCAUUCCCGUGGGUUCCUGGGUGGAAACAGAGAAUAAGGAAAAAGAAUGGAUUACAGUAGUACCUUGGUUCUCAAAUGCCUUGGUUCUCAAACAACUUGGAACCCAAACACUGCAAACCCGGAAGUAAGUGUUCCAGUUUGUGAACUUUUUCAGAAGCCGAACGUGCUCCAUUUUGAGUGUUACACUUCCGAUUUGAUUGUUAUGCUGAGGUCUGUCUGUUUUCGCUAUUUAUUUUGCAUUUUUGUUUUUGUGGCUCUUUUUUGUUUUGUUUUUGUGACUGUGUAGAACCCAGUUCAGCUACUGACUGACUGAUUGAUUGUGUGACUGCAGUACAUUGUUUAUUGCUUUCAUUUUAUGCAUCAAUGGUCUCGUUAGAUAGUAAAAUUCAUGAUAAAUGGCUGUUUUAGGGGGUGUUUUUAAAAGUCUGGAAAAGAUUAAUUCAUUUUGCAUUACUUUCUAUGGGAAAGUGUGCCUUGGUUUCAGAAUGCGGGUUUUGGAACGGACUUCCAAAACAGAUAAAGUUUGAGAACCAAGGUACCACUGUACUGAAAUAUAUAGGGCACAGUCUCCUGAAGACUGGUGUCUAUAGAUGGAGCAUAAAGCUAGUUAUGAAGUUUUGGGUUUCUUAAAAGAUACUGAAGAAGGGGAAUUAAGCGUUAUAUUGAAAAAGAACCAUUGUGAGGAGACACACACAUACACAGACCCACAGACAAUCUUGCUCCAACAGUAGGUGUGAUGUUUAUGAAGGUAAUGGAGCACUUUGGUAAUUUUGGACAGUGGACUUACUAGGGUUACAGGAUUCCACUGUUUAGAUGGCAAUAUAUGUUACUACUGGUGCAAUUGGGUGGUUUUUAGACCCUUGGCGUAAAGCUGUUAUGGUGGUGGUGGUCGGCUGUCUUUCGAUGGUGUUCCUUCGCUUACUUAAAAAUGUGAUAAAGUAACCCUGCUGCCUUUGGAGACCCUUCUGUCCAUUUUGCUGAAUGGGGGCUCUGGACUCAGGCCCUGAAGUCCUGCCUUUAUGGUACCACUCCCAUAAAUCCACAGGCUUCUGCCUUUAGUUACCGUAUUUUUUGCUCUAUAAGACUCACUUUUUCCCUCCUAAAAAGUAAGGUGAAAUGUGUGUGCGUCUUAUGGAGCGAAUGCAGGCUGCGCAGCUAUCACAGAAGCCAGAACAGCAAGAGAGAUUCCUGCUUUCACUAUGCAGCGAUCCCUCUUGCUGUUCUGGCUUCUGAGAUUCAGAAUAUUUUUUUCUUGUUUUCCUCCUCCAAAAACUAGGUGUGUCUUGUGGUCUGGUGCGUCUUAUAGAGCCAAAAAUAUGGUAUUUUUGUUCUCUCCCUCCUUGUGUUUUGUUGUUUAACCGUUUAGUCGUGUCCGACUCUUCAAUGAACUAAUAGGAGCAUCAUGCAGAAAUGUACAGAUGACACAUCUGACGCAAUGACUUCUUCCCUUUUCACUUUAUUUUUUUGCCCCCAGGCUGAAGGUCACAAACUCUACAAGGACCUUAAGGUUUUCCUCAGUGCUGUGCAAGGUACAGAAAGCCAAGUCUUAAUACCUGUAACGUUUUCAGCCCUCGGCAGCCACCCCUUAAGGCAGUUCCUUCGUGGUGCAACUGCAUCACAGGAUGUUGCCUCUCUGAUGAAAGGUUAUCAGCUUUGCCAUCUUGAGAGAGCGAGAUUGUCUGACAAGAUACUUUUUUUCAAGCAGAUGCUCCGCUUACGGUUGGCUCCUCUCCAAACCCAUCCAUUUUUCCAAAACUGGAAAAUUAUCCCACCCUUCCAUCAAGUGGCUCCUGGCAACAUCUCUUGCCCCUUUAUCCUUGCACAACAGCCCUGAGAAGUAGAUUAGACUGGGAGGUUAUGACUGGUAAUGCCUAAAACCCUGAAGAGAUGUUAGUCAGUGUCUACAACAGUGGAUUCUAGCCAGUGUGCUGUGGCACCCUGGGGUGCCUUGAAUGAUGGCCAGGGAUGCCACUGGCAACACUGGCCUCUGCCCCUUUCCCCUUCCCUCCCUUCUCUGAUGCCCUCUUGUGUCUCCCAAAGCCUCCCAAAGGCUUGCACAGCUGUUUGUUGCAGCAGCCCUGGCUACAAGCUCCCCAGGCGAAUGGUGCUUCUGGGGCUGGCUAGAGGGUGCUGGUUUCCAGGAGCGGAGGUGGUCUCGGAAUAAGCAAACAAGUGAGUGAGGGAGCCCAGCCAGCCAGUCCACCAGCCCUUGCUGUUGGGAAUGGACAGACAAGUCCCAGGUGCCUGUGGGGCAGUGUGAGGAGGCACCUCUCUUUGGGGUGGGGGGGCAGCUCCGAGACCAGGGGCGGCAGCAGCGGCUGCCCAGAGGACUCCCAAGAAGAGGGGAGAGGAGGCUGAGGGAACACUCCACAAGGGAGUGUGUUCAAAAAAGGGUGAGAGGCUGCCAGCUCUGCAGGCAAGGGGGGACCUAACUGGGCUCCUGAACCCCCCAGGGGUGCCACAGAAAGAAUGUAGGAGGGAGCCAUAGACUCAAAAAGGUUGAAACCUCUACAGUAUUAAACUAGAUACAUCAAUGCUCUGACUCAUGAUAAGACAACUUCCUAUGACCAUUCUACUACAGAUCUGGUCAUCUCCUUUUUAAAAAAGUUUUUUUAUUAACAAUUUCAACAUAACAAAAUGGGGGUUUUGGGGGGUGCGCCGAGCCCUUGCAAUCACCCCCAAGACUCUAUUGCCUGGACGACACGGAGCUCACCAUCAUUAACCUCCGCAGUGAACCGGAAGUACCUGGUCAUCUCCUGAUAGAGUUCCUCUCCCACAAUUUAUGCUCAUCUUUGCCAGAUUAUUUUUUUUUAAGCUGUGAGGUUUUAACCUAUGAGGUUGAGAAACACCACCAUGCCUUUGUGAAGCCCUUGUCAUUCCCUCUCUUUAUCACAGCUAGCGGAUAUUAUUUUCACUGUACAAAGCUGCCCCAAAGGAGAGAGGGGGUAGGUGGGUCCAGUAACCUGAUUUUAAAACAACCACAUGGGGACCUGGAAGAACUGAGCACACAAACAAUGUGUGCCGUUGAAGAGCUGUCAUGCUUGAAGACUGAAUAUUUUAAGUAAUUCCCGUCAGCAGUGGGGAUGUUGACUUGGCCAGGGGUUGAUAAUGACGACUGAGAGGUAGUCAUCAAUCUUGCUGUUUGCCCUUUGCAGUGAUGCACGAAAGCUCUAAGAAAGUGUCUGAAACUCUGCAGGAAAUUUACAGCGAGGAGUGGGAUGGGUAUGAAAAACUGCAAGCCAUCGUGCAGGUGAGUGCGGCACAUUUGUUAGUCCCAGUUAUCGAGGACAUAUUUUACUUCAUAAUAAAAAUGAGCGUUCCUACAAUGUUACAUAAGUGUUGGAAUUACUCUUACAACCUUCCUGGAAGACAGAACAGUAUUAUCAUACAAUUGCAGAGUUGGAAGGGACAAGGGUCAUCUAGUCCAACCCCCUGCAAUGAAGAAUCUUUUGCCCCACGUGGAACUCAAACCCAUGACCCUGAGAUUAAGAGGCUCAUGCUCUACCUUCCAUGUCCAGAUGAUUGCUGAGACAACAGCAACUCCUCCAAGGCCACCUAGUGAGCUCAUAGCUCAUAUCAUAGUUUGAGCCAGGGCUUUCUCCAGCUCACAGCCUUUGCUCCUACAAGACACCAGACUCGAGCCUGAUUUUCUUAAGCUGUCCACUCUUAUUACAAAUGGCAAAGAUUGCAGGUAUAUCUUCAGAUCUAAACUAGUCUAUCAAUCAUUCUCUCUUCCCUAGGAACCACAGCUCCGUAAAGCAGAGUUAGAGAGGAAUAUCUGACUAUAGUUCCUGAGAUUCUUUGUGGGAGACUAGCUAAGAGUGGUUUAGCCCAAUAUAAGGGCCAAAACAGAUGUGAUAAUCCCACAAUUGUUGCUUUGCCUAGGCAGGAAGUAGAGGUGAGAAUCAGUGCUGUUUCCUUUUCACUAGGGCUAGACCAUGGGUAGGCAAACUAAGACCCGGGGGCCAGAUCCGGCCCAUUCGCCUUCUAAAUCUGGCCCACAGACGGUCUAGGAAUCAGUGUGUUUUUUAGAUGAGUAGAAUGUAAAACUUAUUUAAAAUGUAUCUCUGGGUUAUUUGUGGGGCAUAGGAAUUCGUUCAUUUCCCCUCCAAUAGAUAGAUAGAUAGAUAGAUAGAUAGAUAGAUAGAUAGUCUAGCCCCCCACAAGUUCUGAGGGACAGUGGACCCCUGCUGAAAAAGUUUGCUGACCCCUGGGCUGGACAGAUCUCAGCUUCUUUUUUGUGCAUCCAGGAGAAACUUUAGAAAUAUCUGCUGGACUAGUCUUGGGUCUGUACAUGACACAAUUGCUUAGGAUAGCAGCAGUUGGCAAGCGAGAUCUUAAAAAGAGGUUAUUUGCUCUUGUGUGAGAGAGGCAGAGCCUGUUGUCACAGGAUAUAACAGCAGAGAGUAUGCUCUUUUAAAAAAGAGAGUGUUUUUAUCUCAUUUUUUUAUCUCAUUUUAUCUCAUAUCUGCAGACUUAAUCACUAAUUGACUAACAUACAGUUAAUCGACCUCUUCAAACUUCUGGCAGUCCUACUUUAAAGGAACAAUUUUGACACAGAUCUCCCACAUGAUGCCUGGCACCUCUGACUGUUAAUAUGCCUUCUUCUGAAUUUAUCUGUUUCACACAUGCAACUCACCCUUUGAUUACACAGUCACUGAGUAACGAAGCAUAUAUAUGUAGAGACAAAGCUUUGGUUUCCCUCUCCUGAAAUAAGUAAAAGAAAGGCAACAGCGGACCAGCAAACAGAUUCACCUAAUCCAUAUAGUCACCUUUUAUUUAGAAUUUCCCAUAAUUCCUGCUCACACCAGUAAGGCAAGUUUACGUCAAACCUACUUAUCCAAUAACAGACAGCAUAAGCUGCAUCUGAAGAAACAAGAAGAGCAAUACAGAGAAAUCCACCAGCAGUUGUUUAUCUCCAGCCUCUAAAGAAGGGAUGGCACACCUUGAGAAUAAGCCCUUAAAACUUGAGAAAGAAGUUGCUUCAGAGAGGCAGGGGUUGCACAGAACAUUCCACCCAGCACCAUUUUUUUAAUGUCUGUUUGUCCUUUUACCUGCAGAGCAAUGACCUUUUGUGGGAAGAUUAUGAGAAGAAACUGGCCGAUCAGGCAGUCAGGACUAUGGAGAAUUACUUGACGCAGUUCAGUGAAAUUAAGGUGUGUAUUUCAGGGCUGAUUUUGCAGUAUCCAGUACCUAGAACUGAAAGUUCAACUUUCCAUUUUUACAUGUUUCUAGUCCGCAAGGAAAGGGACGCAGGUGGCGCUGUGGGUUAAACCACAGAGCCUAGGGCUUGCCAAUCAGAAGGUCGGCGGUUCGAAUCCCCGCGACGGGGUGAGCUCCCGUUGCUCGGUCCCUGCUCCUGCCAACCUAGCAGUUCAAAAGCACAUCAAAGUGCAAGUAGAUAAAUAGGUACCGCUCCAGCAGGAAGGUAAACGGUGUUUCCGUGCGCUGCUCUGGUUCGCCAGAAGCGGCUUAGUCAUGCUGGCCACAUGAGCCAGAAGCUGUACGCUGGCUCCCUCAGCCAAUAAAGUGAGAUGAGCGCCACAACCCCAGAGUCAGCCACAACUGGACCUAAUGGUCAGGGGUCCCUUUACCUUUACUAGUCCUCAAGGAAACAUAAUGCUACUGGGAGGAAAUUUUCUUCCUCCUGAUCAUCAUAUAAAAUAUGUUCACAAGUCAAUCUCUUUACUCGUGUGUGUGUGUGUGUGUGUGUGUGUGUGUGUGUGUGUUGGCCUUUCCCAGGCAUCCCCAACCUGCGGCCCUCCAGAUUUUUUGACCUACAACUCCCAUGAUCCCUAGUUAACAGGACCAGUGGUCAGGGAUGAUGAGAAUUGUAGUCCCAAAACAUCUGGCGGGCCAAGUUUGAGGGAGCCUGGCUUAAAAGAAUGAUAGGAAACGCCAGGCACCCCCAACCUUUGGCCCUCCAGAUGUUUUGGACUACAAUUCCCAUCAUCCCUGAUCACUGGUCCUGUUAGCUAGGGAUCAUGGGAGUUGUAGGUCAAAAAAUCUGGAGGGCCGCAGGUUGGGGAUGCCUGCACUAAGCCAUAGUAUUUGUGGAAGAUGUCACAGUAUAUGAUGAGUAUUUGGGGUGUGCGGUCCGAAGGAGGUCUUCCAGGGAGAUUUGAAUCUUUAUCUCUGUGGUCCAAAACUCUAACUGCCCUUGUCAUCAGUAAUUUUAUUUAAUAAAAAUGCCUAAAAUAGGCUAGGAACUCUGCACAACUGAACCUACGUUGGUCCCUGCCUGCAGAUUUGCAGUGUUAAAUACUUUGCAAAAAAUACAGGCUAUAAAUUAUAAUUACUAGCAUUCCUGAGAGUAAAAACACAGUGUGAAGAUUAAUAAGCUCAAAACUGUUGCCCACUCUGUAGGCAGGAAAUUUUGCAGCCUUCUGUUGGAAGUGUAUUCCAUAACACAGAGGCCAGAACCAAAAAGGCCCUGCUUCAUUCUUUACCUCACAAGUAGAAGGAAUCUUCAGCAAGGACUGUUCAUCUGAUCUUCAGCUGGAAGCUAUGCAAGGAAGCUAUCUUAAGCUGUGCAAAUGGGUCCUCACCUCGCUCCCCUACUGAAUUCCGAAUAGUGUCCUUGAUGGUUUAUCGGCCUCCAGAUCAGAGAGGCAGAUUUGGUUGAAACGUUCUUGUUAUGGCAAUAGAAAAAGAAAGUGAGCAUUGACUCUAAAAAAUUAUUUUUCAUUUCAAAGGAGCGAAUUGCUAAGCGGGGAAGAAAACUAGUGGAUUAUGACAGCAGCAGACAUCACUUGGAAGCCCUGCAGAAUGCCAAGAAGAAAGAUGAAGCUAAAAUUGCAAAGGUAUAAGGCUGUCUUGAGAGCCCAUCCAAACACUGACCAAGAAGGAGUUUCUUACAACCAGGAAUGUCAUUCCUAUUGUGUCUCUGAUUCUUGAAUUCUUCCUUUUUGGCAAAUCAUGCUUUGCUCUACAAUAUAGGCUGUUGGAUCCUGUUCAUAUCCCAUUCAGUCUGCUUAUAGCACUCUCGUCUUUCUACCCCUCUCACAGUGAACAGACCACACCGUUUAGUAAGUUUAAAUGCUUUGCUUACCAACUCCAAAGAUUGUAUCCAUGCGUUGUUCCAUGCAGCAGCAAGAAGAACACAGGUAGAAAAUUGUUGGGUAACAAAAUACAGAAAAACACUUCUGAGUAUGCAGUCUGGGCUUGAAGUGAUCAAGCCCAGAUGUGCUGCCGAAUCGGCUUCACAUGCUGGAAGAAAACUUAACUUUCCUACCAGGUGAGGGGUGUUACCUAGCUGAGUCUAGGAAUACAAUUCUGUGUUCUUAACCCCUUCAUGUAUUAACUUCAUGCUUGCUAGUUAUUGCUGUAGUUGUUUAGUCAUUUAGUCAUGUCCAAAUCUUCGUGACCCCGAGAACACUGUCCAACCAUCUCGUCCUCUGUCGUCCCCUUCUCCUUGUGCCCUCAAUCAUUCCCAACAUCAGGGUCUUUUCCUGGGAGUCUUCUCUUCUCAUGAGGUGGCCAAAGUAUUGGAGCCUCUGAUUUCCUUCAGAAUGGAUAGGUUUGAUCUUCUUGCAGUCCAUGGGACUCUCAAGAGUCUCCUCCAGCACCAUAAAUCAAAAGCAUCAAUUCUUCAGCGAUCAGCCUUCUUUAUGGUCCAGCUCUCACUUCCAUACAUCACUACUGGGAAAACCAUAGCUUUAACUAUACGGACCUUUGUCGGCAAGGUGAUGUCUCUGCUUUUUAAGAUGCUGUCUAGGUUUGUCAUCGCUUUUCUCCCAAGAAGCAGGCGUCUUUUAAUUUCAUGGCUGCAGUCACCACCUGCAGUGAUCAUGGAGCCCAAGAAAGUAAAAUCUCUCACUGCCUCCAUUUCCCCCCUUCUAUUUGCCAGGAGGUGAUGGGACCAGUGGCCAUGAUCUUAGUUUUUUUGACGUUGAGCUUCAGACCAUAUUUUGCACUCUCCUUUUUCACCCUCAUUAAAAGGUUCUUUAAUUCCUCCUCACUUUCUGCCAUCAAGGUUGUGUCACCUGCAUAUCUGAGGUUGUUGAUAUUUCUUCCGGCUAUCUUAAUUCCGGCUAGGGAUUCAUCCAGCCCAGCCUUUUGCAUGAUGAAUUCUGCAUAUAAGUUAAAUAAAUAGGGAGAUAAUAUACAGCCUUGUCAUACUCCUUUCCCAAUUUUUAACCUAUCAGUUGUUCUAUAUCCAGUUCUAACUGUAGCUUCUUGUCCCACAUAAAGAUUUCUCAGGAGACAGAUGAGGCGAUCAGGCACUCCCAUUUCUUUAAGAACUUGCCAUAGUUUGCUGUGGUCGACACAGUCAAAGGCUUUUGCAUAGUCAAUGAAGCAGAAGUAGAUGUCUUUCUGGAACUCUCUAGCUUUCUCCAUAAUCCAGCGCGUGUUUGCAAUUUGGUCUCUGGUUCCUCUGCCCCUUCGAAAUCCAACUUGCACUUCUAGGAGUUCUUGGUCCCCAUACUGCUUAAGCCUGCCUUGUAGGAUUUUAAGCAUAACCUUGCUAGCAUGUGAAAUGAGUGCAAUUGUGUGGUAGUUGGAGCAUUCUUUGGCACUGCCCUUCUUUGGGAUUGGGAUGUAGACUGAUCUUCUCCAAUCCUCUGGCCACUGCUGAGUUUUCCAAACUUGCUGGCAUAUUGAGUGUAGCACCUUAACAGUAUUAUCUUUUAUAAUUUUAAAUAGUUCAGCUGGAAUAUCAUCACUUCCACUGGCCUUGUUAUUAGCAGUGCUUUCUAAGGCCCAUUUGACUUCACUCUCCAGGAUGUCUGGCUCAAGGUCAGCAACCACACUACCUGGGGUAUACGAGACAUCCAUAUCUUUCUGGUAUAGUUCCUCUGUGUAUUCUUGCCACCUCUUCUUGAUGUCUUCUGCUUUUGUUAGGUCCUUACCACUUUUGUCCUUUAUUAUGGUAAUCUCUGUACGAAAUGUUCCUUUCAUAACUCCAAUUUUCUUGAACAGAUCUCUGGUUUUUCCCAUUCUAUUGUUUUCCUCUAUUUCUUUGCUUUGCUCGUUUAAGAAGACCCUCUUCUCUCUCCUUGCUAUUUUUCGGAAAUCUGCAUUCAAUUUCCUGUAUCUUUCGCUAUCUCCCUCGCAUUUUGCUUGCCUUCUCUCCCCCGCUAUUUGUAAGGCCUUGUUGGACAGCCACUUUGCUUUCUUGUAUUUCCUUUUCAUUGGGGUGGUUUUCGUUGCUGCCUCCUGUAUAAUGUUACAAGCCUCCAUCCAUAGUUCUUCAGGCACUCUGUCCACCAAAUCUAAUCCUUAAACCUGUUCCUCACUUCCACUGUGUAUUCAUAAGGGAUUUGAUUUAGAUUGUAUCUUACUGGCCCAGUGGUUUUUCCUACUUUCUUCAAUUUCCCACACGUUGCUCAGUAGUUAGAAGAGGAGUACAUCACUUACCAGAAGUACAUGAUAUAUAGGGAUCAAAGAUCCUAAACCCUGUUCCUCUGCUUCCUACAUACCUAUCACACUUUAUUUCUUCCUCCCAGCCACUGUGAUGUCUGUGAAAAGUAGCCACAUGUAAGCUAUGAUCUGCCUAUGAGAAAACUAGAAUGCUGUUCUUGGGGACAAGCAGAAAAGAAGUGGAGGGGACUGUGGAACUGCUGGCUAAUUUUCUCCAACCAUUGUCCAUCUAUGAUUGUCUUAUCUCUUCUUUAGAGGCUGUUUUCCCAUGUGUGAUGGGUGGUGCUGAUGCUGGGACAAUUAGUUGCUCAAUGGCAGAUGAGCACAGAUGAAUGACAGGUGGGGAAAGAGGCUCCACAAUCCCUCCCUUUUCUCUCUCCUUGUCUUCAGAGUCCUUGGCAGUCUGGUUUACAUGUGGCUAACAUUUCACAUGGGGGGUGUAAGCGGGAUGUGAGUCUGCAGUCCACUGGCAUGUCUACACUGUUAAUGCUCUCAAUUUCCUGUACCUCUAAUAAACUUUUGGGUCCUGCAGGCCGAAGAAGAGUUCUACAAAGCCCAAGCUGUGUUUGAAGAGCUCAACAAGGAACUAAGAGAAGAGCUGCCAGACCUUUACAACAGGUUAGGCAUAGAAACAAAGAUCAGGGUGCAAAUGGCAGAGAAUCCCAAAGCAGAAUGUUGAAUCUAAGAAGUGUGGUUGUGCUGGUGACCAGGAAAUAGAUGUAGAGUUGAUACUUCUUUCAUUGUUGAACUCUGGGACUAAGCUUGCUGACGAUGAACCCAGGCUGGAAGGUAAAAAUGGGGUGAAAGGAUAUAUUAACACCAGGCAUAAAAUGCAAUUUACAAAUUGUUUCAACACAAGUCCAAGGUAAGUUAAGGUAAAGGUAAAGGGACCCCUGACCAUUAGGUCCAGUCGUGGCCGACUCUGGGGUUGCGGCGCUCAUCUCGCUUUACUGGCCGAGGGAGCCGGCGUACAGCUUCCGGGUCAUGUGGCCAGCAUGACUAAGCCGCUUCUGGCGAAUCAGAGCAGUGCACGGAAACACCGUUUACCUUCCCGCCGGAGCGGUACCUAUUUAUCUACUUGCACUUUGACGUGCUUUUGAACUGCUAGGUUGGCAGGAGUGGGAACCGAGCAACGGGAGCUCACCCCGUCGCGGGGAUUCGAACUGCUGACCUUCUGAUCGGCAAAUCCUAGGCUCUGUGGUUUAACCCACAACGUCCCCCGUGUCCCCCAAGGUAAGUUAGAAUCAUAGAACUGUAGAGUUGGAAGGGACCUUGAGGGUCAUGUACUCAAACCCCCUGUAAUGCAGGGAUCUCAGCUGAAACAUCCAUGGGAGAUGGCCCUCCAACUUCUGCUCAAAACCUCCAGCAAAGAAGAGUCCACAACCUCCCCAAGGAGUACGUCCCACUGUCUUAACAGCUCUUACACUCAGAAAGGCCUUCCUGGUGUUUAGCCGGAAUCUCCUUUCUUCUAACUUGGGUCUGGGUGGGUCUUGACUAUUAACAGGCAAAUAUCAAAAAAUUGCUUCCCCACAGUUCAGCAGAUACCAAGGUAUUGGGAGUUACUGUGUUCACGUGGGUGUUUGCACAAUAAAGCUCUCUUCAGGUGCUGUAGGGGUUAAAAAAACACGGGAAUGGGGCAGUGGAGACUAAUAAUUAAUUGAUUAAUUAAUUAAUACCUUGCCCAUUUGGCUGGGCCUCCCCAGCCACUCUGGGUGGCUCCCAACAGAAUAUUAAAAACAUGAUAAAACAUCAAACAUUAAAAACUUCCGUAAACAGGGCUGCCUUCAGAUGUCUUCUAAAAGUCUGAUAGUUGUUUAUUUCCUUGACAUCUGAUGGGAGGGUGUUCCACAGGGUGGGUACCACUACCAAGAAGGCCUUCGGUAAGGGAACUACCAGAAGGCCCUCAGAGCUGGACCUCAGUGUCCGGGCAGAACGAUGAGGGUGGAGAUGCUCCUUCAGGUACACUGGGCCGAGGACAUUUAGGGCUUUGAAGGUCAACACCAACACUUUUUCUUCCUUCGUUGCUGUUUCAAUUGCAUUACAAGUAGCGGAAGUCAAAGGUCUAAUGCAAGAGAGCCUUCUGUGCUUCUGGAGGUUCCAGCCCCUGUGCAUUCUAAAACCCUGGGAAAUUAGGGUUCCAAACAAUGCAGGGAGUCUCCAACCACAAGGACAGGAGACUCCUUGCUUCAGACUCUCCUCUUCCACAAGUUGAAGGGUGAUAAAAGGGGAGUAGAGCCAGCACAUUUCUUCCUACUGCCCCCAGCCAUGUGCGUAUUUUAAGCUAAUAGGGCUAUGUGUUGUGUGAUUUCUGCAGUCAGGGAUAGGAACUAGCUCUAGCAGUGGGUCUCUUUGGGAAAAAUGUGGAGUAUCACUUUCAUCGAGCUGUUGAUUUAGAAAACCUGCUGAGCUUGUUGGCACAUCUCCUUUGACUGAGCUACUGUUUCUCAGACAACUUACUGCUUGGAGUUCUUAGUCCAUGUAUCCAAACCCUUCCCUGGUCUCUGGCUGCAGUUCCUUAGCCCUACGGCCUGUUGACAACACGUCACAUAAAGUGCAGUCCGAAUACCAAGAGGACAAAGACAAAGGAUUAGCCACCUGAAAUAUCUUGUGGGCUAGCUAUGAGACGAGCUGCUUCUCAAUCAGAGUUCAGAAAAGUUUGGUGACCACAGGAUGGCAGCAAAAUCCACAGAAUUGAAUUUUAGCUUUUGUGAAAAAAUGAUUGUUUAGGAUAGGACUAGAUGUGUCACCAUUAGACCACAGGUUUGUUGCCAAAAAUGACAACCCUUUCUCCAGCUUCCCCCUCUUGUCCCUGAAACAUUGAGAUCCUGAAAGGCAUGGUAUCAUCUACUGUGUGCUUUGGUGGCCCUUCCCAGUAGAAACCUACAUGAUGGCUUGUCUGUCUAAAGUCUCACAUUCUGAGAGGACAGUGUGGUGUAGUGUUUUAAGCAUCAGACUUAAAUCAGGGAGAUAAAGGUUCGAAUCUCCACUUAGCCACAAAGCUAGCUAGGUGACUAUGGACCCAGUCAUGAACAUUUUGCCUAGUCAAUCCCCAUGGGGUUGUUUUAAAGAUAAUGGAGGUGUGACUUUACAGUGAGGGCAGAGAAACACAUGGUAAUAGAAUGGCCCAUCAAGCCAUUCAUUGGCUAAACACUACAGGAUGAAGAGAGGGAACAAACACAAUGGCAUUUCAGCAUUUGGUGUCAUCUCUAAGUCUGCUAAGGGACGCGGGUGGCGCUGUGGGUUAAACCACAGAGCCUAGGGCGUGCCAAUCAGAAGGUCGGCGGUUCGAAUCCCUGCGAUGGGGUGAGCUCCCGUUGCUCGGUCCCUGCUCCUGCCAACCUAGCAGUUCGAAAGCACGUCAAAGUGCAAGUAGAUAAAUAGGUAUCGCUCCGGCGGGAAGGUAAACGGCAUUUCCGUGCGCUGCUCUGGUUUGCCAGAAGCAGCUCAGUCAUGCUGGCCACAUGAGCCGGAAGCUAUACACCAGCUCCCUCGGCCAAUAAAGCGAGAUGAGCACCACAACCCCAGAGUUGGUCACGACUGGACCUAAUGGUCAGGGGUCCCUUUACCUUUACCUAAGUCUGCUGUUAGGCUGUAUCUACACCAGUUUUCUUGUCACAUUUUAUUAUAUUUCACUUUAUUUCGUUUUCCUGUGCUGCCCUGGAAGUAAUUUUUUAAAAACAAAAUUUGUAAUUCGCAAAAAAUAAAUGCAACCAAAAAAAUAACAAAUGAAUUACAAUUACUGUAUAUUAAAGACUUGGGAGUGAUUUUCAAGCAAUUCCUCUGUAUGCCUCUGUGUAGACAAACCAAAAUUGUGCACAACAGUCUUAGAGAAAGAGGUGAGGUCCUCCUGUGGAUCAGGAACUGGAUAUGAAACAGGAAGCACAGGAAUAAAUGAGCCAUUCUGUCAACGGAGGGAUGUAGAAAGUGGAGCCCCCCCCCCCCCGCAGCACCCGUAAGGGGACCUGUACUUUUUAACUUGUUCAUUUUGCUGUCUAACUUUCUUUAUAGAUGUCCAAUCGGCUUGCCUUUUUAAUGGAAGCCCUGCUGGGAGUGAGGGGAAGAAGAUGAACUAGAAAUCGCUCAGAGUUCUACCCCAAAAUGAAUUUAAUUCACAUUUAGUUCACCCAACACUUAUGGGAACUACUUUCAGGUGUACAGAGAUUUUUGAACUAGUUCAGUGAACCACACGUGGCUGAACUACUUCAUUCUGCUCUUCCAGGGUCCCAGAAAACUCAGCACUUGCCAUAUUACUCUUCUUUAUUGUGCAGCCCCAACCCAGUUAACAUUUGGGCUUCGUUUUAUAUCUUUUUGCUUCUCCAGCCGAAUUGCGUGCUAUGUGACAAUAUUCCAGAAUAUUUCCAACUUGCGAGAUGUCUUCUACAAGGAAAUGAGCAAGGUAAAUGAGCAACUGUGUCAUACAUGUGGGCCAUUUGGACAAAUGGGCACGCUGCGUCAUUGGCUUCUACCUGCCCUGUUUUCGUACCAAUCCUGGGAGUGGCCCCUAGUCUUAGCGUCGCCCUUGUAGGAUGGCACCAAAACUGCCUUUCACCCCAGCAGUCCCAAUGGGAACCAGCCAACAAUGCACAGAAGUCAGGAUUUGAAAGUGGUGCACAUAAUUUCUACUUCAUUGUAGUAGCCAGCUGAGUUGCAUUCUCUCUCGCUCUCUCUCCCACACAAACACACACACACAAUUUGUGUGCAUUCAGAUUUACAAACUUGGCAAAAGAAAAUUUGGAACGGGACAGAAAAGACUUUGACAAACCCACCCGCCAUUGCAUCCAAUGUGUUUUGACUAUACACAAUUUUGUCUUUAGGCGUGAUCCCUGAAAUGUGAUCCUUGCUUAAGUUGAGGCUUACUAUAUUAUUAUUAUUAUUAUUAUUAUUACUACUACUACUACUACUAUUUAUUAAAUUUGUAUACUACCCUUUAUACAUAGAUCUCAGAGCAGUUCACAACAUAAAAUACAAGAUAAAAAAGACAACAUACAUAAUAAUAAGAAUAACCCCCCCACACACACAUUUUAUUAUUAUUUACUCAUCCGAAACGUAUUUUGGUAUUAUCCAGGAAUCAAUUCAGUCCGAGUAAGUCUGCAGAACGUGACUGGAGUGCCAGGACUAUUAGUAUUAGAAAGGAAGAAUGAUGAUUGGAAGAGACAUCAUUCUUCCUUUCUAAUAUUGUUAAAGUGCCUCCAGGGCAGGGAACUGCUGUUUAUUUUUAAAUCUCAAAAAUAAAUGAAAGGGCAGCUGUCAGCUGAUGUACUCCGAGGCAAGUUCCAAGAGGAAGGGGAUAUAAAGUAGGCAGUGACAACAUUAAGCCCUACACAGCUUGGGGCCAGGAUACCUAAGAGAAUGACUCCUCCUGUAUAGAUUUGUCUGGUUGUUGAAAUCUGGCAGGGAGGCUCUCUUGGGUCUGCCACCUCUAUCAGAAGCUCCAGAGCCUUCUUGGUGGUGGCAUCCCAGUGGUCCAUUUCCCUCCCCUCUGAGAUAUGGCUGGGGACUACCUGUCUGUGUUUCCAGCUGAAAAAGUGUGUCUCCACCCAGGCCUUUGCUGGAUAUUCAUGACAUUUUAUUUUAUUUUUGUCUGGUUGGCAUAUAUCUGCCAUGUUUUAUGAGUAGCUGUAAUAGGAGAUGGAUUUCUGUUUUAAUUACAGCCCGCUCUGGAACUGCAUUGCAGUGAAAAGUGUAUGAGAAACAUUUAAAAUAAACCAAUAAGCUUGAAACACUCGUUGACUUGAAGCAGUCAGUCAGGAUUAAUUAUUUUAUGUGAAUAAGUGAAUAGUGGUAAUUUCUUAAUUACUGGGUAAUGAUAUUUGCUUUUCUUGUUGCUGCUGCUUGUAGCUAAACCAUGACCUGUAUGAUGUGAUGAGCACAUUGGAUAAGCAGCACUCCAAUAAAGUCUUCAUUAUUAAAGGGGUGUCAAGGUAAGUGAUUUCCUCUUUCCUGUGGGCAUAGAGGAGUCUCGGAAGCAGCAGCCAUGUGGGCAACUAGCAACUCAUCUCCACUUUGGAUCCCAGGAGAUCUGGUUUGUUUGUCAGUCAGUUAAUUAAAAGAUUUAUAACCCAUCUUUUAAUUACAGGGCUUCUCAAGGCAGUGAGCUGUUUUAGAACAAAAUACAUAUGGAAACUUUGAAAGGGGAAAUAUGAACAGCCACUAAACAGCAGUCAGAGUAGAAACAAAAAACCUUUCCAGAGGAGCAUGUUAGCUUCAGAAAGAUUGACCGAGCAGCCACAUCGCUAUGGGCCAAGAUUACAACACUGGAUCUCAGCAGCCACCUGAUUCCAUAGCUUUGGGACUGCCACAGAAAAGCGCCAUCUUGACUAACAGAGGGUAGAAUAAACCAGUGGGUUUUAUAUACUGAAUCUUAAGAGCAGUGAAUCACUUAUAGGAAAAGAUGCUCUCUCGAUUCAAUCCAUGACGGCCUGUGCUUUGUAAUCAUUUGUCAAGUCUUGGCUCAGGUCAGAGAUGGAUUGCAGUUGGGGGGGUCACAAGCAGAUCAAGGUCUAAAGCAUGGGUAGGCAAACUAAGGCCCGGGGGCUGGAUCUGGCCCAACUGCCUUCUAAAUCCGGCCCGCGGAUGGUCUGGGAAUCAGCGUGUUUUUACAUGAGUAGAAUGUGUCCUUCUAUUUAAAAUGCAUCUCUGGGUUAUUUGUGGGGCAUAGGAAUUCGUUCAUUUUUAUUUUUUUUCCAAAAUAUAGUCCAGCCCCCCACAAGGUCUGAGGGACAGUGGACCGGCCCCCUGCUGAAAAAGUUUGCUGACCCCUGAAAGGGCCUGAAGCAGAUUACAUGCUCCAAGUUGGGCCAGUGGUCAGUUUCUGGAGCAAGCAGACAAGGGGAAGUGAUGCUAAGGGAAGCCAUGGGAGUCUUGUGCAUUAAGAUUGGGUUUUCUGUCAAAUCUGGAAGUUGUUGAGCUUUUUUGGGCAAUGCCAGAAGUGUAGAUUUUGGAGAAAUUCCUUUAAAAUACAGUGGUACCUCGGGUUAAGUAUUUAAUUCGUUCCGGAGGUCCAUUCUUAACCUGAAACUGUUCUUUACCUGAAGCACCACUUUAGCUAAUGGGGCCUCCUUCUGCCUCCACACUGCCGAAGCACGAUUUCUGUUCUCAUCCUGAAGCAAAGUUCUUAACCCGAGGUACUAUUUCUGGGUUAGAGGAGUCUGUAACCUGAAACGUAUGAAGCAUAUGUAACCCGAGGUACCACUGUAGCUCAAAUACAUGGAGAGGUUUACUUUCACUAUAGAGGCUGAAUAAAGCUGCAUGUUCAAACUUUGUAACGCAACUUAUGUUUCUUGUUUUGCAGUAACAGAGCAUCGUUGGUCAUCUCAUCUCCAGUAAGUCCAACCAGCCCCUCUGCCAUACCUACAAGGAACAGCAUAAGUGAGAUGCCCACGUCUCCUCCUGCCAUUUCCUCAAAUCACGAAAGAGAAUCUGCUUCGGCAACCAAAACAUCAUCUGCGCCUGGUGGGGCCAGCAAGACAGAGGAAGAGACAGCGGCAUCUUUGGCUACAGAUGCGGCCAAGCCAGACUCUUCAACUGCUAGUGAAGCCAAAGAGGACAGCCAAACAGUAGAGACAACCCCCAACAUUCCCAUAGGCACCCCCCAGGAAGUGGAGGAGGCUGCAAAUGAUAUAGCAGCAGGAAUUGUAUCAGAGGCAGUGCUCGAGGCUGCUGGCAAAAGCCCAAAUGUUCCCAAAGACUCUGGAGAGACCUCCCAGCCUCCUUUGAGGAAUGACUUUGAAGCCAGUGAUACUUGUGAGAAAGAAGAGGGUUCCUCGUUGCAGCCAAGGGUUGAGGUCUUGUCUAUACCUCCCCAGAACACUCAGGAUGAAGCUGAGACUGGGGGAACAGACUGUCAGGAGAACAACGUGCCACUCAGGGAGAGUUCAGUUCGUCCUGAAGACAAUCCUCAAGAUCCUUCAUCUGAAGCUGAAGAAGCCCAAGAAGGUGCACCAAGUACCACCAAUGACUGCCUUUCCCCUGCUUUACCAAAAGAAGGGGCCGCUCAACAGCAGCCAGAGGAACGCAGGGAUGCUGAAGAUGACGUCAACAGUGAAGGAAGCAUUGAAGAAAUGGAUGUUUCCCCAAAGGCCACCAAUGCUCAGGUAAAAGACAUGAGAGGGUUCUGCACAACCAACCCGUCCCACUAGGUAACUGCACACUGUGUAGAUAGCAUUAAGGGAGCUUUAGUCUGACUUGCCGAUCAGAAGGACUUGCCGAUCAGAAGGUCGGCGGUUCGAAUCCCCGCGACGGGGUGAGCUCCCAUUGCUCGGUCCCUGCUCCUGCCAACCUAACAGUUCAAAAGCACGUCAAAGUGCAAGUAGAUAAAUAGGUACCGCUCCGGCAGAAAGGUAAACAGCAUUUCCGUGCGCUGCUCUGGUUCGCCAGAAGCGGCUUAGUCAUGCUGGCCACAUGACCCAGAAGCUGUACGCUGGCUCCCUCAGCCAAUAAAGCGAGAUGAGCGCACAACCCCAGAGUCGGUCACGACUGGACCUAAUGGUCAGGGGUCCCUUUACCUUUACCUUAGUCUUCUCAUUAAGGAGCAAAAUGAUGGGCAAGUGCCUCUUUUGUGGCUUCGUAUGUUAGCAUGAAAAAUUCAGUGUGUGGGGAAUGGACAGGAAACUCAUCUCAGUAGGAAGCCUGCGUUGUUGUGGUUGUUGAUGGCAUCUGUCUGUCUUGGGAGACAAUGAAGGAGUACACCUUUGGGGUUGAGGUCAAGCUGUUGGAAGGUUGCAGCGCCUGCUGUGGCUGUAGAGACCGAUGCAGGAGAGGCAUGUUUUGUUACAGCUGGGGCAGAUGAAGGCAUCCGGUUGUGCUACUGCAGAUGCACCAUGGCGUUUCUUCUCUCUGUGCUCCUCCCAGCAGUCAUUCCUCCUCUGGUCACUGCUGUGGAUACAUGACUUGACUGCCUGUAACCAGGCACUGUGUUGUGAUUAUUUUAGAAGUAGCUUUUGUCAUUAUUAUUCAUUGUUGUUAUUUAGCACAAAUUUGGAGAGAAAUAAAUAAAAGCAAAAGGAUCCUGCAAUCAGAAUUACCUUGUGUUAUUUCUCAGAAUGAGAACAUUGAGAGAUGAGAACUCCUACACUUUCCAGGCUACAAAAGAAUGAGAUGGGGAGGUGGGAGAAUUGCUCCAAGCUGUACCUUCCAAGAUAGCUUUGCAUAGUCCAAAUCUACCUUAUGCAUCAUUCUCUGUGAGCUAACAAUGUGAGGAAUAGCUUGCUAUAAUACGAUUAUGUGUCUACCUGGUGGCUCUUGUAAUAUGUCUUCCUAAUUGGUGGUAGAGGCAUACAGUAUGAAAUCAAUACUGAAACCAACAAGAGAGGUGUGCAAUUUAACAACAGAAACAGUGGGGAGGAAGACAGUGAUUGUAUGCAGGACAAUAUAACAACUGUACUGUUAGAUCAAUCUCAAGGCCAAUCCACUGACAAUCCAGACGUUUCUGGGAUCUUAUUUUGAGCAGGCAAUGAAGGAAACAGCCCGGCCCUCUAACAGAGAUUUGCCUUUCCCACUUAUUUGGUUAUUUCUCCCUUAGAGCAAGGCCCUUCUUCCAGUGCAAAAUUGCCUCAGCAGCUACAAAAGCUACUCAGCUGCAAAAGUUUUCCCCAAAAACAGAGCCACUCACUUGGGAGAUUUAAUUGGAGAGGCAUCACACAUGCCAGACAUGAAGAGUACCAAUCCUGUCUGACAGGAAAAACCAGCGCAGACUCCAAAAACCAGCACCAUUUUAGGGCUGCUAAUUCACUGUUUGGAAACCUCUGUGUGAGGUGUUCCCAGAGACUGUUGACUGAAGGCAGAUUUGUGCCUGAUUUGUCCUGUGGCAAAGUAGCAGCAACCAGAAGAAGAAGAGGAGGAGGAGGAGGAGGAGGAGUUUGGAUUUUAUAUCCCACUUUAUCACUACCCUAAGGAGUCUCAAAGCGGCUCAUAUUCUCCUUUCCCUUCCUCCCCCACAACAAACACUCUGUGUGGUGAGUGGGGCUGAGAGACUUCAGAGAAGUGUGACUAGCCAAAGGUCACCCAGCAGCUGCAUGUGGAAGAGCAGGGAAGCGAACCCAGUUCACCAGAUUACGAGUCCACCACUCUUAACCACUGCUUUACGUAUGUUAGUAACCCUCAGGACACGGACCUGUGGGAUAAGUCAGUCUCUUCCUCCCAUGUUGCAUAUGGAGAGAUGGGGACUGAGAGUACAGUGACUUUGCUUCAUGCAGCUUUGGUGACUGGGCGUAAGUGGGUGCAGAGAAUGGCAGCGUAUUGCAGAAACUGCCCUGGGACAAUGCAGUUUCCUUUAAGGAGGACAUGUUGGGUAAUCCCUGCAAAUCCAUCGCUGAAGGAAACGACGCUCCGAAAGGGCUCUUAAUUGGCUUCUAAUAUACCUGAAAACUCCCCAAGGGACUGUCAAGCAGGGCCUUGAUGAAUGAAUUUAAGAUUUAAAACAUUAAUAUCCUGCACUCAGGGCAGGUGACAAAUAAGUAAAGCAACUGCAAUAAAACUGUGGGGUGUGAAACACAGAGCAGUCAAAUACAACAUUCCUAGAGUGGACAUGUUUAGACAUGAAGAGGGAUGUUUGUCCAGCCAGUAGAUAAACUUCCUGUUUCCUCUACAUGUGACCAGAGGUGGGCGUGACCUCACCUGUGCAGGUAACAAAAGCACAGGGCUGGCCGCCACAUCUCUCUCUUCUCCAUUUUGCUUUCGUCGAAGAAGGAAUAGAAUAGGUGCUGAUGGUUGAGUCUGUAGGCCCUGCUGCGUAGCUUGUGUGGCUGGUGCCCGGGGUGGGCAGGUGAGCACACUCUGGGGUGGUGCAUGUUCCCAGGGGGUGGAGCCGCACUACACCCCUGCCCACACUCAGAGGGCACAACACUCCCAAAGAAUACACUCACCCUGCCCUGCCAGCCCUGCUUUGCAAUGCAGCAGGGCUGUGUACAGAGGACGCAACAGCUUGUGGGGUUGGCAGGGUUGAGGAGCAAAAUGCACCCCCCAAAAAAACAAAAAAUGCCCCUCUGGGCCUCCCCAUGCGAUGCCACUGUGUAGGCCACCAUAUGUGUGUGUUUUAAUGAUUUGGCCUCAGGGGCUGUAUGCAACAAAAGUUGUCUGGAAUAAAAAAUAUAAUACUGAAAAGUACUUGUACUUCAGGGAGUGGCCAUAAGAAAGGAAUUCCAUACUGUGUGUAUUCAGACACACUUGCAGCAUCCUCCAGACAUCUGUGGUCAAAUUUCAAAUCUGGUGCUGUGAUUCUGUUCAAUAAGUGAAAGCCCCUUUUUUGUUUCAGAUCAUCUCCAGCUUCUUCUCAGAUGAUAAGAAAGAGAAUUAUGGCAAGUUGCCCUCGGGCUUCCUUUUCAAGGUAAGGAAAAAGCAAUCACUAACCUGAUGUAUAGGGACGUGAGUGGCGCUGUGGGUUAAACCACAGAGCCUAGGGCUUGCCGAUCAGAAGGUUGGCGGUUCGAAUCCCCGCGACGGGGUGAGCUCCCGUUGCUCGGUCCCUGCUCCUGCCAACCUAGCAGUUCGAAAGCACGUCAAAGUGCAAGUAGAUAAAUAGGUCCCGCUCCGGCGGGAAGGUAAACGACGUUUCCGUGCGCUGCUCUGGUUCGCCAGAAGCAGCUUAGUCAUGCUGGCCACAUGACCCAGAAGCUGUACGCUGGCUCCCUCGGCCAAUAAAGCGAGAUGAGCGCUGCAACCCCAGAGUCGGCCACGACUGGACCUAACGGUCAGGGUCCCUUUACCCUUUACCUGAUCUACAGGCAGAACCUUUGGCUCUUGUGUAAAUGAGUCACAAAGAGUAGACCUGAGUUAAGGGGGAAUAGCAUGACUCUUGAGGCUUAUAGACACACACACACACACACACACACACACACGUGUGAACUGCAAGUUGCCCAGUCUAGAAAUGCAUUGCUUCAUUGGUAUCCUGUUUCCUUUUCCAGGCUCAGGCAGUCCAAGCUCACGCUUCAGAGAAUGAGAAGCACCUUCAGUUUGGACAAGGGGAAAUCAUGCUGGUGCUGUCAGAUAAAGAGGCUGAGGUAACAUCAGGGCACUUAUUUGGCACUGUUGUUCGAAAUGCUAAUGGAUGACAAUACUUGGCACUGAUGUGAUACAGGAUGCCCUAGGAACCAGAGAGGGCCAACUGUGGCCCCAAAGCUUAAACAUGCAAAGCCAAUGCUCUUCUCGUGAAGCUCCUCAAUAGGAUAGGAGAGGAUUAAGCAGACCUCAGGCUUGUAGGAUCUGCUUCUCCUUCUUUUACUAAAACCCUGAGAUCAACAAAUCGGAACCUGGAGCAAGAGAUAUAGAAAUAAAGAAUGCUGAGCUCAAGCUGUUGUUCAGGCAUCCCCAACCUGUGGCCCUCCAGAUGUUUUGGCCUACAACUCCCAUGAUCCCUAGCUAACAGGACCAGUGUCAGGGAUGAUGGAAAUUGUAGACCGAAACAUCUGGAGGGCUGAAGGUUGUGGGGGAGCCAGUGUGGUGUAGUGGUUAAGAGCAGUAGACUCGUAAUCUGGUGAACCGGGUUCACUUCCCCACUCCUCCACAUGCAGCUGCUGGGUGACCUUGGGCCAGUCACACUUCUCUGAAGUCUCUCAGCCCCACUCACCUCACAGAGUGUUUGUUGUGGGGGAGGAAGGGAAAGGAGAAUGUUAGCCGCUUUGAGACUCCUUUGGGUAGUGAUAAAGCGGGAUAUCAAAUCCAAACUCUUCUUCUUGUUGUUUUUUGAGUAGCAGCAUGGAAUGGAAGUUGCAAAGGAGUUGCACUCCUUAACUCCUUCCCCCACCCAAUUAAGAAAAUCCUUCAUUUCAGUAUAAUCUUCUUGGGGGGUGGGAGUAUUAUUUUGUUGUUGUCAUUGUUUUUUUAAAAAAAAUAAUAUUUAUUGCUUUUAAAAGUUACAAAAAAGUAGAAGAAAGAGAGAAAAGACUAGAAAGAAAUAAGAAAAAAAAGACAAGAAAAGAAAAACAAGAACAAUACAAUAUAUAAACAAUACAAACCCACCCUAAACCCAUUAAACUAAGCACAUAAACAAAACAAGACAAAAACAAUUUUAAAAACAUCCCUCCUUUUCCAUACUCUGUCCUUCAUUCCCUUGUUUCCUCGACUUCCUCACACCUCCCUUUUUGUAUCCCACUUCUAAUACUUGUUUCUUUUUUUUUUUUUUUAUAAAAUAUUUAUUCAGAUUUUAAGAUUACAGAAAAAGAAAAAGUAAAGCAAGAAAAACCAUUCACAUACAUCCUACAAAGAAAAAAUACACAAUGCAAGAAAAAAUACACAAGACAAAAAAUCACAAUAAAAAAUAACAAAAGAAAAAUUCAAAUUAAACCAUUAGAACCGUUUUCCCAUUUACUUAUUUCCGUGACUUCCCUCACUUCUCUGCUUUGUAUUCUAAUUCAAAUUGUAUCUCCACCAAAUCCUUCUAACCUUCUUUUCAUGUACUUAUUUUAACAUUUUAACAUUCAAAAAUAUUUAAUUCUCCUCUAUCUUUUAUUUUACACUUCAUAUUUACUUAAUUCCAUUAUACUCUGUCUGCCAAUACGGUCUAAUAUUUCUUCUCCAACCUUUUCUAACAUUCUUUUAUGUUACAGUAGUUCUGAAGAUAUGUUUUAAACUUUUUCCAAUCUUCUUCCAUCGACCCUUCUUCUUGAUCUCGAAUUCUGCCGGUCAUCUCAGCCAGUUCCAUAUAGUCCAUCACUUUUCUCUGCCAUUCUUCUCGGGUAGGCAAUUCUUGUGUCUUCCAGUAUUUCCCAAUGAGUAUUCUUGCUGCUGCUGUCGCAUACAUGAAAAAAGUUCUAUCUUCCCUUCGCACCAAUUGGCCGACCAUGCCCAAGAGGAAGGCCUCUGGUUUCUUUAGAAAAGUAUAUUUCAAUACCUUUUUUAAUUCAUUAUAUAUCAAUUCCCAGAAGGCCUUGAUCUUUGGGCACGUCCACCAAAGGUGAAAAAAAGUACCUUCAUUUUCUUUACAUUUCCAACAUUUGUUGUCAGGCAAAUGAUAAAUUUUUGCUAGCUUGACUGGGGUUAUGUACCACCUGUAUAUCAUUUUCAUAAUAUUCUCUCUUAAGGCAUUACAUGCCGUAAAUUUCAUACCAGUGGUCCAUAACUGUUCCCAGUCAGCAAACAUAAUGUUAUGUCCAACGUCCUGUGCCCAUUUAAUCAUACCGAUUUUACCAAAACAUCUGGAGGGCUGAAGGUUGUGGGGGAGCCAGUGUGGUAUAGUGGCUAAGAGCAGUAGACUCGUAAUCUGGUGAACCGGGUUCACUUCCCCACUCCUCCACAUGCAGCUGCUGGGUGACCUUGGGCCAGUCACACUUCUCUGAAGUCUCUCAGCCCCACUCACCUCACAGAGUGUUUGUUGUGGGGGAGGAAGGGAAAGGAGAAUGUUAGCCACUUUGAGACUCCUUCGGGUAGUGAUAAAGCGGGAUAUCAAAUCCAAACUCUUCUUCUUCUUGUUUUUUGAGUAGCAGCAUGGAAUGGAAGUUGCAAAGGAGUUGCACUCCUUAACUCCUUCCCCCACCCAAUUAAGAAAAUCCUUCAUUUCAGUAUAAUCUUCUUGGGGGGUGGGAGUAUUAUUUUGUUGUUGUCAUUGUUUUUUUAAAAAAAAUAAUAUUUAUUGCUUUUAAAAGUUACAAAAAAGUAGAAGAAAGAGAGAAAAGACUAGAAAGAAAUAAGAAAAAAAAGACAAGAAAAAAGAAAAACAAGAACAAUACAAUAUAUAAACAAUACAAACCCACCCUAAACCCAUUAAACUAAGCACAUAAACAAAACAAGACAAAAACAAUUUUAAAAACAUCCCUCCUUUUCCAUACUCUGUCCUUCAUUCCCUUGUUUCCUCGACUUCCUCACACCUCCCUUUUUGUAUCCCACUUCUAAUACUUGUUUCAGCAAAUCCUUUCCAUCUUUCUCUAUUUUCUGUCAUAUUAUAAGUAACAUAUUCUUUAACCUUAUUUCCCAUUAAAGGUAAAUUGCUUAUAUACACCCAACUUCUUAUAGCAUUUAUCCUAAAUCCAUAAAAUAUCAUUCCACCAUUUUUCUAACAGUCAUUACUUUAACAAAAUUUCUAAAUAAACACUUUAAAUUUUCCAGUAAUCUUCCACUAUCUCCUCUCCCUGGCUUCGGAUUCUGCCAGUCCUUUCCGUCAGUUCCAUAUAAUCCAUCAACCUGGUGUUCUUAUAUCCGAGGCUCUUAAAUCUCUUCCAAGUCCCUUCUGCAGGUCUUCUUCAUAUUCUUUGAUACUCAGGAGCAUAUCUCGAGAAAACUCCAGCCUAGCAAUACUUUUGUUCCUUCUGGACAGUUCAGCCAAAUUUCCAAAAUUGAAAAUAAAGUCCAUAGAGUGUUUCAGAACGUAUUUCAAGAUUCCUCCAAUUCUAGCGACCCCCAAAGCUUCAAGCUCCUCCAAACCCUGUUCCAUAUCCCCAAAGUCAGUCAAUCCCUGGAUAGAGGGUUCUUUCCAACUUUCCUUCUUCAAUCCAAGCCGGGAUCCUAGCCUCAAAAUUUGACUUUUGCUAGAUUCAGUCAUGAAAGACCUCAAUUUAUAAUCCUCAAUUUGCUUCUGAGAAAUUAAGGAUCCCGCUUGUACUACUUUUGGUUUCACAUCAUCAGCUUUCUCCUUUUUCUCCAUCAUUUUCACAUCAUCCUGAAUUGUUUCUGUAUUAACACUCACUUUUUGACUCAAAUUAAUCACGUUCUGUUCCAAGUUGUCAAUUUUAGAGAUCGUAUCAUCUGUCUUUUUAUGGAGCUGUUCCAGCGAGUAGUUUAUCUUGUAUAAUACAGUCACAAUAGCUUCUCCUAUCAGCAUUUUGAAUGAUCCAAGGUCAAACUCUAGUUUUCAGAAUCUUAUCUUGCAGCUGGAGAUCUCCCUGUUGCACUACUGUUAACAGUUUCACAUGCUCCCUCUAGAGGGAAACAGUCUCCGUUUGUAUCAAUUCUUUCAGGCACGACUCAAGCAAAUAACAAUAGUUUCAAUUUUCGGUUACUUUUUCCUCCAUUUUUAAACGCAGAAGAGGACAAUGGAAACAGUACCUUUCUUAUUUUAGCUAGCUGUCAAAUCCGUUCUGUCAAUAAACAUUCCCCGAACGUCAUCUGGCAGCCCUUUUCCAGGUUCAGAGCAGUGGCAAUUUAAUUUUGACUCUCUUCUGCAGGCACACUAAAUCCAAAACUUCCCCUCUCUUCUCCUGCUUCCAAGAGGGGUUAUAUAUUUUUGUCCGGUGGGAAUUUAAUCCUUUAUCAAAAACUUUCAAAGACUUUAGCUUGUAAUGUCUUUGCUUCAAUCUAUUUACAAAACGGGAGGCGGACUUCCUGUUUAGAGCCUUCCCGCUUCAGCACCAAAUUAAAGUGUUUCAAGAUCCAAUUCUCCGUUCUACUCACGGGUAGUCAUUUAAAAUCCAAUUGUCCACAGGAAAAAGUCAGCGCUCUCCGGCAACAGCAAUUUCACUCCGUGAAAGAAGCGGUCGAUUCAAAGCACCGCGCCGCUCACCCCACGUCGCUCCGGAUCCCCAAAACAGGGUUUCCCCGCGAGUAGGGGAGGCGCAAAGGGUGCCAGCCGAAUCCCAGGUUCACAGGCUUCUCCCGCCUGUGAUUUCUAUGGCUCUCCGCCUUCACCGUGGCGGUCAGACCCUGCUUUUCAUGGAGCAAAUUCCUCCCGAUCGGAGGAAUUCAGCCAUUGCCGGAGGCGCCUCCCCGGAAGUCCCUUGUUGUUGUCAUUGUUCAACCAUUGGGAGUCUUAAACCAUUACCAAUUUCCAUCAAAUCACCCAGAGAGCUACCAGUAGACCCUGAUCUACUUUCUGCCCAGUAGUCCAUUAAAUAAUGGCACUAGCCAUUUUUUAAGCUGUCUUGUCAUCUUGUCUGGAAAAGGCAACCCAUUUAUUUUUGAGAGAGAGCACCCUUAUAGAUGCUCCCCCACCUAUGCCCCCACUGACUUGCCAAGUACUUCCAGGGUGCAGACUCUGACCCUCCAGUUUGGGACAACUUCCAUGCCUAGUCCGUGGAGCUGCAUCUUAGGUCCAUGAAGGAGGCCAGGAUUUUUUAAAUCAAAGGUUGGCAACCAAUUAUUAUUAUUAUUAUUAUUAUUAUUAUUAUUAUUAUUAUUAUUUACCACUUAUACCCCGCCCAUCUGGCUGGGCCUCUCCAGCCACUCUGGGCGGCUUCCAACAGAAUAUUAAAAUACAAUAACCUAUUAAACAUUAAAAGCUUCCCUAAACAGGGCUGCCUUCAGAUGUCUUCUAAAAGUCAGAUAGUUGUUUAUUUCCUUGACAUCUGCUGGGAGGACGUUCCACAGGGCGGGUGCCACUACCAAGAAGGCCCUCUGCUUGGUUCCCUGUAACUUGGCUUCUCACAGUGAGGGAACCGCCAGAAGGCCCUCAGCACUGGACCUCAGUGUCCGGGCUGAACGAUGGGGGUGGAGACACUCCUUCAGGUAUACUGGACCGAGGCCAUUCCAUUUCACUGCCCAUUUCUCCCCCUCCCCCCCGCAACCUUGCUUAAAGGGGUCGUGCAGUGGCAACUUCUAGUGAGAUCUCUCUGGAAGCAGCCGCUGCAGCCACACAAGACCAGCGAUGGCGGGGACAGUUGGGCACUUGUGGGCCCUGCAGAAUUCUGUCACCCAAGGGAUGACCUUGUCUAUAAUUUAUCAAAAGUCGUAACUCAACACCGCAUCUAGGAAGCAACUAGGUCAUUGUCUCCCAGGGGCAAAGAAAGAGGUGUUGUGAGGUCAGACACACUAAGAACUAAGGAACUGUGGCUCUUCGUCCCAUGCAAGGCUUUGCACAUUUGGGGCCGGGGGGGAUGGAGGAAAGAUACCAGCCCCACAGUCAUGCAGACUCUACAUCAGAAUACACAACUGCACACCCUGUGUUUAUAAUUUACUUAGUUUAUAAUGGGGUCAAUAACUCAGUUUUCCGUGGUGCAGAAUUUGGGUUCCAUUGGCGUAGAAAUGUUGGCACUGAUUAUUUUUUUAGUGCCGGUCAUGAUGAGUGGAGCAUAUUUUGGAUUUUUGUGUGUGUAAACAAUAGAACCUCAUUGGGUUUCUGAUAACUAUGGGGCAUGACCCCGUUGUUUCAUAGAAAGCACCACCUGACCUUGUUGCAUUCUCUGCUCUCUGCGUGGAACAGGAACUGCAGGCAGAGCUGCUGCCACUGCUGCUGCCGUGUGUUAAGUCUAUUUACAUGCGUGUUCCCCUACCCACUGUCUUCUAUCAAUUAUUAACUCUCCUUCACACCCUUCUCUCCACACCAACAGCACUGAUCAUUUGCUUCCUACAAAGGCAGAACAUUUAAAGGCAAAUCGACAUGCUACGCGUUGCAACUUUAACCAUUUGGAAAUCCUUUUAUACAGAAGCCACUGAACGUGUAUUUAUUUCCUUUUUCUGCUAGUGUAAUAUAGCAGCUAAAGGGGCAGCUAUGAAUCAGGAAGUACACCAUUCAAAUCUGGCAUCAGCCCCAUAGGGUGCCUUAGGCAAGCCACCAGCAAUUAGUAUUAUCUCCAUGCGCCCGCCCCCUGGAUUUCAGCAUUGAGUCUUACACAACUCGACUCAGAAGUGAGUCCCAUCUGGCAUGCUGCCUCUGAACAUGAAGGGUCCACAUAGCUUUCAGGGCUGUUAAGGGUAGGUAGGCAAGUCCUCUGUGAAUUUGUCUAAUCCUAACCCUACAAGGGACGCGGGUGGCGCUGUAGGUUAAACCACAGAGCCUAGGACUUGCUGAUCAGCAGGUCGGCGGUUCGAAUCCCCGCGACGGGGUGAGCUCCCGUUGCUCGGUCCCUGCUCCUGCCAACCUAGCAGUUCGAAAGCACAUCAAAAUGCAAGUAGAUAAAUAGGUACCGCUCCAACGGGAAGGUAAAUGGCGUUUCCGUGCGCUGCUCUGGUUUGCCAGAAGCGGCUUAGUCAUGCUGGCCACAUGACCCGGAAGCUGUACGCCGGCUCCUUCAGCCAAUAAAGCCAGAUGAGCGCCACAACCCCAGAGUCGGUCACGACUGGACCUAAUGGUCAGGGGUCCCUUUACCUUUACCUAAGUCUGCUGUUAGGCUGUAUCUACACCAGUUUUCUUGUCACAUUUCAUUAUAUUUCACUUUAUUUCAUUUUCGUUUUUUGCAAAAAAUAAAUGCAACCAAAAAAAUAACAAAUGAAUUACAAUUACUGUAUAUUAAAGACUUGGGAGUGAUUUUCAAGCAAUUCCUCUGUAUGCCUCUGUGUAGACAAACCAAAAUUGUGCACAACAGUCUUAGAGAAAGAGGUGAGGUCCUCCUGUGGAUCAGGAACUGGAUAUGAAACAGGAAGCACAGGAAUAAAUGAGCCCUAAGCCCAUUCCCUUAUUCUUCACCCAAUCUCUUCCGUUUGCCUGCACCAUCAGGCUCCCCGACUUCCUCAGUCCACUCACCGCUUCAAGGCGAAUUCACUCACCUGCUUCAACCCCCACCAAAGCCCAGUUUGCUUGCUUGCCUAUCUGCUACUUGCUUUCCUUGCUGCCACAAGCCCAGUUCACUCAUCUUCUGCCCCACGCACUUGCCCUGACGCCUGCCUGUCUCAAAUGCUUCCCUCAUCCUGGAGCUUGCACAACCUGUCACCAACAGGACAACAGACUUGUGCAAAUAUAGUGUGUGUGUGUGUGUGUGUGUGUGUGUGUGUGUGUGUGUUGAGAGAGAGAUGUAAUGUGCUUCAAAAACAAAUCUAUGCAUUCAGAAAUAUUAGAUUUUGAAAUCCAAAUUUGGAGUUUUUAUGUGAAGUUUUGAGACUGGGGGGGGAAUUAUGCUACUUUAUGCUCUUGUGAAUCAUCAUCAUCAAUUAAGAUGGUGAGCCUUGAAUUCUGCUCUGAAAACUACAUUGUGUGAUGUGUUGAAUGAUUUGUAGCCAUGCAAUAUGAUGAGCACAUCUGCACAUGGUGUCUUCCAUGCAGGAGCCAUUUAAUAAACUUACUGGCUUUUAAGCACAUUGCCUAUGCUGAGAAGACUCUCUGGGCUGUAGUGAUGGGAAAGGUCUUGUUAACCUGACUAAGAGUGGGGGAUUUUUCUUUCUUUUUUCUAGGAAAAGGGAUUCCUGAUGGGUAUAAAGGAGAAAGACUGGAAGAAGAACCAGAAUAUGCUACUGAAAGGAAUUUUCCCACAACAUCUCGUUAAAUCUAUCCCUUUGGAAUAA